UCCGGUGGUAUGUGGGCUUCCUGGUUAUGGCAAUAAUAAAACAGAUUACCCUGACUCAAGAUCUGCUUUUGAUUCUUCGGCAAUCUCUCUCACCUUCUUUCAGACAUAAAGUUAUUCGUCGGAGCAUGGCCUCAGACUCAGCAACCCGAUUCGAUUUUCUCGUGAUAGGUGGUGGAUCUGGAGGGUUGGCGGGUGCGCGGAGGGCAGCGGAGCUCGGAGCAACCACGGCCGUCAUCGAGAGUCACAAACUCGGAGGUACCUGCGUCAAUGUUGGUUGUGUACCUAAGAAGGUUAUGUGGAACGCUGCAGUCCACGCAGAGUAUUUGCAUGAUCAUGCUGACUAUGGGUUUGAAGGUGGACAUGCUCAUUUCAGCUGGGAAACUAUAAAGGCUAAAAGGGACGCAUACAUUAAUAGGCUGAAUCAAAUUUAUCGCAACAACCUUGACAAGGCAGAAAUUGAGACAAUUCAGGGUCAUGCCAGGUUCACGGAUGACCCUGAACCUACUGUGGAAGUUAAUGGGAAGAAAUACACAGCUCCUCACAUCCUCAUAGCCACUGGAGGGUGCCCUUCUGUCUUGAAUGACAAGGAAGUUCCAGGGGCAAGUCUUGGUAUCACCAGUGAUGGCUUUUUUGAAAUUGAAAGCCUUCCUAAGCGCAGUGUCAUAGUGGGGCGCGGGAUAUAUAUUGCUGUGGAAAUGGCAGGCAUCCUUUCGACGCUGGGCUCCAAAACAUCCGUCAUUUGUCGAACAAACAGCGGUAAGGAGCAUUUCGACUCUGUGAUAAGCUCUAAUUGCACUAAAGAAUUGCAGAACUCUGGCAUAGAGUUGUGGAAGAAUACUCAGGUGAAGUCUGUGAGUAAAACAGACAAGGGUCUGGAGGUUACACUUGUCACCAAAGAUCCAGAGAAGAAGAACGAUGAGGAAAAGCUUGGAACCAUCCAGGAAGUAGACUGUCUGCUAUGGGCCAUUGGUCGAGAGCCCAACACUGCUGGGCUUAACCUUAGCCAGAUGGGUGUGGAUAUAGAUGAGAAGGGCCACAUUGUGGUUGACGAGUACCAGAACACCAACCGCCAGGGCAUCUACGCUGUGGGAGAUGUGUGUGGCAAAGCCCUCCUAACACCUGUGGCCAUUGCUGCGGGCAGGAAGCUGGCACACAGACUGUUUGAGGGACAGACAGAAUCUAAGGUGGACUACUCCAACAUUCCGACAGUAGUGUUCAGCCACCCACCCAUCGGCACGGUGGGACUCACGGAAGAGGAAGCUGUUAAAAUCAGAGGAAAAGAAAAUAUAAAGACAUACACAACCUCAUUCACCCCCAUGUACCAUGCAGUCACCACCAGAAAGACUCAGUGUGUCAUGAAACUGGUGUGUGAGGGCAAGGAGGAGAAGGUAGUUGGCCUUCAUAUGCAGGGCAUGGGCUGUGACGAGAUGCUGCAGGGCUUUGCAGUUGCCAUGAAGAUGGGAGCUACCAAAGCCGAUUUUGACAAGACUAUUGCGAUUCACCCCACCUCUUCUGAGGAGCUGGUGACGAUGCGUUAGCCUGAUGUUCACUACUGACAUUCUUCCUCUGGCACCAGUACAGAUCAUCAUACCAGGACAGAGGGACCUGACCUCUUCCCAUGACAACUGCUUGACGAAUCAUUGUACAAGGAGAAGCUCUGUACUUCCAUUUUCUCUCAUUCAAGUGAUGUUUGUUGUGCUCUGUGUUUUUGACUCAUUUUUAAACAAUAACCUAUAUGGACCAAUUGAGCAACUGCUUUCUUCAACUGUACUGUGGAUGUGAAAGCAGGGCUUAUUAAUUAAUCAACGAUGCUAGUUUAUUUUCGAUUGAUUGUGAAAUGGAAGUGAAGGAUCUAUCAUCAUUGUUGUCAAGUCAUUGCUUAGGGUGGUAAGAUCUCUCUAUCCUAGUGUAUAUCACCACAAUCAUAAGUCUUCAAUGAACACCCACCAAUUACUAUUACUACAGCUACUGCUUUAUCACAACUGUAUUGUAUUGAUUUAAUAAACCAGAAUUUUUUCUCAAGUA